AGAAGAAUGCCAGCAAUUAGCCAAUACAUAAACAUGAGAUAUUGAGCUGCACCAUGUGGACUCUCUUGGUAAUUAGGUGUUAUUUCAAAAUUACAUUUUUACCAUGGAAUGUCCAGCAUGGAAUCCUCACAUAUAUAGCUAGAUGCUUUGUCAAAUACACAAGAAAAAUGUCAUUUUUGGUUGGUAAUGGUGUAUACUGCCAACACAUCCACAAACCUCUCUGUCCCUUGAGCUAAAAUAGCAAAACUAAUUCUUCAUCCUGGCAGAUUUAACCAACCAUUAUCUGAAAUUUUCUUUUCAAAGGGCCAAGUGCUUUUUCAAAUGUAAAAGUUGGACUCAAAGAACCUACCUUUCAUCAAGGUUCUUUUGAGUUCCAACACCCUUUCUUUGGAGAUUCAAGGGACUUUUCAUCAUUCAUCUUUGUUUCUUUCACUUGCAGAUACUCUAUAUAUUUCCAAGUUAGAGCAAAGAGAAUGAAAAACCUCAGAAAGGUUGAUUCUCCAAGGGGAGAGGUUGGAGAGAUUGACACAAGGGCACCAUUUCAAUCUGUUAAAGCUGCUGUUAGUUUAUUUGGUGAAGUAGCAGUCUCUAAGGACAGAUUAGCCGUCAAGAGAAGAUCAUCAGAGAAUGUAUUUGAAAAGGAGACACAACUUAUCUUGGCCCAAAAAGAAUUAAACAAGUUAAAGAAACAUGUAGUGAGUGCUGAGACCACGAAAGCGAAAGCCCUUUCUGACCUUGAGAAGGCCAAGGAGACGCUUGAGAAUUUGACAACCAAGCUGAACAAUGUGAGAGAUUCCAAGCAAUCAGCAAUUGAAGCAGCUGAAGCUGUGAAGAAUCAGGGCAAACCAUUUGAAAAGACACUUUCCCUAAAAGCUAUAGGAUAUGAAGCUUGGAAACAAGAGCUAGAACAUGCAAGAAAUAAGUAUACAACUACAGUAACUGAACUAGAUUCUUCCAAGCAAGAACUCACCAAAAUCAGGCAGGACUUUGAUGCAGUUUUGGAGGCAAAACUUGCAGCAUUUCAGGCAACAGGUGAAGCUCAGCGUUCUGCAAAAUUAAACUCGGAAAGGAUCAGUGAACUCUCGGAGGAAAUUGCAACCAUGAAAGCAUCAAUAGAACAAUUGAAGCUCGCCUCUGCACAAAAUGAAAACCAAUUUGACUUUUAUAAAACUGCAAAAGAAGAAGCACAGAAAAAACUUGAGGCCUUAAAGAAUGAAUAUGAUAAUCCAGAACUAAUCCAAAGUCUAGACGCCAAACUUGCCGAAACAAGUGCUGAGAUUGAGGCUCUUCAAGAGCAGAUGAAAAAGCUCCACGCUUCUAAGAUGGAUUCUGUUAGACUUCUAACUUCAGAACUCAAAGAAGCCACAAAGACAUUACAGGACGUUGCUGCAGAAGAAAUCUCCCUUAAAAAGCUAGUCUUUUCGCUUAGGACAGAAUUGAAACAAGUGAAGAAGGAGCAAGAUGAACUCAAGGAUAAGAAACAGGAAGCAGAAGAUAUUGCUACUAACCUCACCGGUGAACUGCAAGAGAGCAUGGAAGAGGCAAGGCCUCGGACAGGUACUGUGGAGGAUCUUGAAGCUAACAUCUUCUACGUGCAGAGUUAUAAAAUCCAGAAGCUACAAUCAGAGGCAGAAGAUGCAAGACAAGAAGCAGAAGAGGUGAGCAGAAAGGCUCAGGAAUUGAAGCAAGAAGCUGAAGAAUCUCGAGCAGUGGCUGAAGAAGCAGAGAAAAAACUAGAGCUUGUUCUACAAGAGGCUAAAGAAGCAAAAGCAGCAGAACAAAGAGCCAUUAAGGAGAUGAAGAUUCUUUCUUUCAGUGGUAAGAUCAAGAUGUCAAAUGAAGAGUUUGAGUUACUGAAUGGAAAAGUGAAGGAAUUUCAAGAUUUGGCAGAACAGAAAGAGGCAGCUGUCAUUGCUGAGCUGCAAGCAAUGUUCACAAGGAAAAAUGAACUGGAUAGAAAGGUGGAAGCUAACCUGAAAGCUAUUGAGGAAACAAAGGCUGCAAUGGAGACGGCUUUGUGGUAUGCAGUGAUGGCAGAUUCUGCAAAGAUAGUAAUGGAGCGUGAACUCAAGAGCUGUCGUCAACCUGAUAGUCCAUCUUCCCGGAUGUCCAAUAGUUCGGAUAAUUCUUCAAUAUUGAGCAUCUAGAACUGAAAUCAGAGAUUCAAAAGCUAAAUGGGAAAGGAAACAGAUUGAUUGGUUCUUGUGUUGGCUUUGACUUACUCUUGGAAGAAAAGAAGACUACUUGCACUAGAAGAUCACUUACUAUAAACAGCAACUCUUCCAUAUGAUAGGAAACAGUUUUAAUGUUCCCAUCUUUCAUAAAUGAAAAAAAAAAAACAAACAAACUUGCGCAAUAUGAUUUCUCAUUAUUAA